UGAAGUAUCCUACACCAUCUGCCUCUUCACAAGUGCAAAUGUAUCGAAAAAUAAUUGCGUUGGUCGUCAUGUCACUUCCACUGAUUCUGAGCCCCCAGGUUUUUGGGCUCCCGACAGACGGUUUGAUCAAUCUGAAAAAUAUUACAGGCAAGCUCAGCUUCAUUCAGAGGGAAGGAAAUGUGACUUAUCUGCGGGACAAGGAGCUGGCCACGGAAGUUCCAACCGAGACAAAGUUUGAACUUUUCGAUCCAAUGAACACUUUACGCACUGCCAGAUUCAACUAUACCUGGGACUUCGGCAACGGAGAGGUGCUGAAGGGAUCGGAGCCGUCUGUGCACUAUAACUACUCAUCCCCUGGAAACUACACUCUGCGGCUGAGAGUUGGGGCCCAAGUGAACAAAACCUCUACUCCACUAACUGGGGUAUACACCAUGGACGUUACAGUUUUGGACGCCAUCAGGAAUAUUGAAUUGAGCCCUUUGAGUUUCCAGGUUUCCAGAAACAACAGUCUGGUUGUUCAUGUGGAUGGAAGUCCUCCCAUGUGGGUCUGUUGGAGGUUCCUACAGAACUGUGAAUCGGCAACCCCUACAGGCUGUCACCUGACCAUGCUGUAUGAGAACACCAUGACACUGAACCACACCUUCACAGCUUUAGGAGUCCACUGUCUGGACAUCAGCGCCCGCAACGACAUCAGCAAACUGCAGACCUCCUACAACAUCUUUGUGAGGAGAGAUCCCUCUUUUAACCUGCUCUUCAUCAUGAUGUGUGCUUGGAUUGUCUUGGCAAUCCUCGCCUUCAUCGCUGUUAUAGCCUGUCGCCACAAGAAAGGACGCAACAGCAAUCCACAGAUGUCUAAGUCCAGUAACGCCACUUACUCCAGUAUGAACAUGGAACUGCAGCCACAACAGAACAUCCCUGAUAUCAGUAGUGAUCUCUAUGUGUCCAGGCCAAAGAACGAAGAGGUCCAACCCCUUCUACAGCACGGGACCAGAUCUGUCGCCAAAUCCUACCGCAACUAGUCUUCAUUUAUACACUUUGAUUUGAGCUUAUUAAUAGUUUGCCAUCAAUGUAUAGUUUGAGAUGAAUAUACAUUACCAGUAAAAAGUGUGGACACA